AAACAUGAUCAUCUGAACUUUUCCCAGGUGACCAUAGUCGCCUCUGGGGCAGUGGUGUCAGAGGAAUCAGACAUGGCCCUGCUCUGUCAUAUCAGCAGGUGGCAUUGCUGGCCACCUCCCAUGGCACCCACAUUGCUGUUCAGCAGAGGCUCGAUGAGCCCCGGUCGUGCGGGGAGCGGCGAUGGAGCCCGAGGGGUUCCCGGGGCGCCCCGAGCAGGCGGCGCUCCCGCCCCGCGUCCCGCCCGCCCGGGCGGCUCCAGGAACCGGAUCCGCGGGCUCGGCAGAGCCGCCGCCGCCGCCGCCAGCCAUGGACCUGCGAGCCGAGCUGCUCAAGUCCAUCUGGUACGCCUUCACCGCCCUGGACGUGGAGAAGAGCGGCAAGGUCUCCAAAUCCCAGCUCAAAGUGCUGUCUCACAACCUGUACACAGUGCUGUGCAUCCCCCACGACCCCGUGGCACUGGAAGAGCAUUUCCGCGAUGAUGAUGAUGGGCCAGUGUCCAGUCAGGGCUACAUGCCCUACCUCAACAAGUACAUCCUGGACAAGGUGGAGGAAGGUGCUUUUGUCAAAGAAAACUUUGAUGAGCUCUGCUGGACCCUGACAGCGAAGAAGAACUACAAACCUGACCGGAAUGGGAAUAGCGUUGUAUCCCACCAGGAUGCUUUCAAGCUCUGGUGUCUCUUCAACUUUCUGUCUGAAGACAAAUACCCCCUUGUCAUGGUGCCAGAUGAGGUGGAGUACCUGUUGAAGAAGAUCUGCACAGCCAUGAACGUGGAGCUGAACUCCUGCGAGCUGGAUGAUUACCUGUCCCAGGAGCCACAGGGCCAGGGUGGCCUCACGGUCUGGCAGUUCCUCGACAUGGUGAACUCGGGCCGGUUCCUGAGAGGCAUCGAGCAGGAGGCCAUCAGCAUGGCUGUGGAGGAGGUGUACCAGGAAGUCAUCGAGAAUGUGCUCAAACAGGGCUACCUCUGGAAAAAGGGCCAGCUGAGGAGGAACUGGUCAGAGCGGUGGUUCAUGCUUAAGCCCAGUGUCCUGUCCUACUACACGAGUGAGGAACGGAAGGAGAAGAAGGGGAGCAUCGCAUUGGACAAGCACUGCUGCGUGGAGGUGUUGCCAGACAGGGAUGGGAAGAGGUGCAUGUUCUGUGUGAAGACCUUGUCCCGCACCUACGAGAUGAGCGCCUCAGACACCCGGCAGCGCCAGGAGUGGACACUCGCCAUCCAGACUGCCAUCCGGCUGCAGGCAGAAGGAAAGAAGUCCCUGCACAAGGAUCUGAAGCAGAAGCGACGGGAGCAGCGGGAGCAGCGGGAGCAGCGCAAGGCAGCCAAGGAGGAGGAGAUGCAACGGCUCAAGCAGCUGCAGGAGGAAAAGGAGAGGAAGCUGCAGGAGCUGGAGCUGCUCAAGGAGGCCCAGAGGCAAGCAGAGAUCCUGCUGCAGGAGGAGGAGCAGCGGCGGAGGAAGCAGCACGAGGAGAUGCAGAGAACCCUGGAGAUCCAGCUGCAGGAGGCUGAGCAGGCUCGUGCCUCCAUGCAGGCAGAGAUGGUCCUGAAGGAGGCAGAGGCAGAGCGGCAGCGCAAGCGCAUCCUGGAGCUGGAGGACAUGCAGGAGAGGCUCCAGGAAGCCCUGCAGCAGGAGGUGAAAGCACGGCAGGAUGAGGAGGCUGUGAGAUAUGCGCAGGCCAGGCUACUGGCUGAAGAAGAGGAAAAGCUGAAACAGCUGAUGAAGCUGAAGGAGGAGCAAGAAGAAUAUAUCAUCAAAACUCAGAGGGAGAAGCAAGUGCUCAAGCAGGAGAUGGAGAACAAGAACAAGUGCCUGGAAGAGGCGCAGAAGCAGCUGGAAGAAGUGAGAGUGAACAGGCAGCGGGUGGACCAAGAUGUCAUGGCGGCCCAGCGGAAGCUGCGACAGGCCAGCACCAACGUCAAGCACUGGAAUGUCCAGAUGAACCGACUGAUGCACCCCAUCGGGCCAGGAGACAAGCGAACAAAUGUGAGUGGCGGAGUCUUUGCUGGCUACCAGCCCCUUCUGUCACGGAGAGAUUCUUCCCUCAAACUCAAGCAGAGGCUGGAGGAUAAAGGGAGUGACCCCACGAGGGAAAACAGCAAGGAAAACGUGAGCAACGGUGGGAACAGCAGCGUGUUUCCACCUCCAGAUGCGGACACCAUGGCCACAGAGCCCACCAAUUAGCCCACCAGGAUGGCAGAGCCCAGCUGGGAAUGGCAGGGCUCGGCUUGUCCCUCCAAGUGGAUGGUCAGUGUGGUGAUCUCUGGAUGGAACUAAAGUGGGGACCAGCACAGAGCCUACAGGGGACUGCAUAAGGCAGAGGUGCUCCCAUUUCCAUCAGUAAAGGGCUACAGCCACCAUGUGCCAGGAGGCUCAGGCAACCCGGUGCUGGGGAGAGGGCAGUGGGACCUUCUCCUCUGGACUGCUGGACUCAAUUCCUUGUACUCUGUUUUACAUCCUCUACUUAAAAAGAGCUGCUGAUGGGUCAGGACCCUGUGGCCUAAGGCUGCAGUUCCCUCUUGGUUUCUACAGCAGCCCUUCUGCAUCACUCACUGUGCUGCAGGGUGUGGGGCCUUGUCACCAGCCAAGGACACCUGGACUGACCAGACGGGGCUUUCUUGUCACCCCCACACCAUGCCAGGUGUCCCUAACCACUAUGUUCCCUGGCAGUGAUCAUUAGUCCUGGAGUCACUUAGUUAGCAAAACUAACAACAAUAAAGCUUUCGGAGCCACUGGCCACAGAC